UCAAUAACACUGGGACAGGAGAGGAGAGGCAGCAGGGUCUGGGCAGCAUGUUUACACCCCCUCACCCAGAGAACCACUGCGACUGAAACACCACCGGCUGCUUAUUUAGUCCGACUUUUGCCGAAGCUUGUUUUCGGAACUGUCGACGACGAUGUUUUUGUGUCGUUCUUCGAGGUUGUGUGCAGCGGCUGUGGAUCAGGCUCUCAGAUCGCCGGGCUGGUUUUCAGUUCACACAAACAGACUCACAGACGUCACUGUGACAUUACACAAGGGCCACGCGUUCCAGACACACCGGGCUGCGCGCGUGUCCACCGGGGGUGUGCACGAGUGGAAACGACAACAGGAACCGGAGCCGCACCGACUCCAAAACUCGGACUGUGCUUUUAUAGUCACGAACUGGCAGCAUUUGGACCGGAUCGCUACAAUAGCUGCAGGUUUGUCCAAAAGUGCGCAAAGUAAAGGCGCUAAUUCAGACAUUUCCACGCGGCCGCUGAUCUGUGCUCCACGGCUCCACGGCAGCAGCAGGAGACAGCCGCCGGGUGAUGUUUGGUUCACGGGUACCUGUGGGCUUUUCACCAGGACCAUGCAAACCAGAGCUUCAUCCACGGCGGCUGCUGCGGCCAAACGGCGCGACGUGGACGAGCAGCAGCAGCAGCCCACGGACUGCAACAAAGAGGAUGAGCAGAAUUUAAAGGACGCCUCUGCUACCUCCUCAUCUACUGCUAAAGCCCCUGGGGAGCCAGAGCCAGAGGGAGGCAAGCCUAGCAAGACCCAGCAGCUAAAGAAAGUCUUCAAAGAGUAUGGAGCAGUGGGAGUUUCCUUUCACAUUGGGAUCUCCCUCAUGUCCCUGGGAAUGUUCUACCUCCUUAUAUCCAGUGGGAUCGAUAUGGCGGCCGUGCUGUGCAAAGUGGGCUUCAGCGAGGCAGUGGUGAAGUCUAAAAUGGCAGCGGGAACCAGUACGUUUGUUCUGGCCUAUGCCAUCCACAAGCUCUUUGCUCCAGUUCGCAUCAGCAUCACGCUGAUGUCCGUGCCUCUCAUUGUCCGCUACUUCAGGAAGACAGGCCUCUUUAAGCCUCCCUCACCUGCACCCUGAUGGUCCUCCACCGCCUGAUGGAGAAACACACACCCUGACUGUUAAGGAUCCAAAUACCUGUAUAUAUCCAUACUCAUCUGUCAUAAGCUACAAAGACCUCGUCUUUCUUACUUACAGUGAAUCCAGGUUUCCAGUCCUGUUCUUUAGUUCCAGUGGUAACAACAUCAAGUGUUAAAUUGUGUUACUGUGAGAUUAAAACCAUCAACACCACUUUGUUUGGAGUAGUGUUAUAUAUGUGCAUUCUCCAAACCAGGAAUGAAAGCAGAAAAAGCUCAAAUAUUUAUUUACAAUCAGACACACGAUCAGGGGUUUCAACUUUUAGUCCUAAGCUCUUUCAGUCGGCAGGUUUGUCUCUUAAUGCUGUGAACGUUCCCCCUUGGGUAGAAAUGGAAAAAAGCUGAUUUCUCCUCCACUGUUAGCUGACUAGGCCAUGUUCUGGUGUUCAUGUGAAUCAGCAGAAUUAUUCAGUAUCUUUCUGUCUUCUACCUCUCGCCUCCUCUACCUUUUCCUUAGACUUACUCCCCAUUUUUGUGCUGCUGUUUUGCCUUCCUACAGUUUUUUUUGUCUGAAAUCCUCAGUUUCCCUUUUUUCCUUCCUCUCCCAUCUUCUAAUUGCCACUGCCUUAGCAGUAACUGCUAAUAUGUUCAUCUCAAAUUGAAGUUGACUGAUCAUUGUAAGCUUUGAAAAAGUCAAGUUUUUGACAGAUUGAAUGAAACUAUAUUUAAUUAUUAAAAACUGAGCUUCUCUUUUA